AUGUCCAAGCUCAUCAUCCGUCUUGGACUUGGUUUCUUCCUGACACUUGCGCCGUUGGCGACGUCGGAGAUCUCACCGGUUGUGUUUCGUGGUAUCGCUACUGCAGGCGUCAACCUUGGAAUUACAAUUGGACAGUUGGUGUCGAAUGGUGUGAUCAAGGCCUUUGGCGAGAGGACGGAUCAUUGGGCUUGGAGGGGUGCGCUGGCUACGCAGAGCAUCUUUAUUAAUAUCCUUGCUGCUGCGAAGAAAUCCCUCAUUCAACUCUACGGAACUGGUGUCGACAUUGACGCCAAGCUGGCUACUAUUAAGGAGACCAUCGCCGAGGAACAAGCUGCUUCUACUGAGGAAGCAUCAUGGAUUCAGUGCUUCAAGGGAACGGAUCUUAUCCGAACCAUGAUCAGCAUGGGCGUCUUUGUCUGCCAACACUUUGUCGGUAUUAUUUUCGUUCUCGGAUACUCAACCUAUUUCUUUCAACUCGCCGGUCUUGAGACCUCUCGCAGCUUCGAUCUCGGCGUCGGCGUUACAGCAUGCGGUGUUCUCGGUAACAUAUGCAGUUGGUUCGUCGUCAACUCCUUCGGUCGUCGCAAGGUCUUCCUCUCCGGCAUGGGAGCCCUCACUGUCCUAUUAUUCCUCAUCGGCAUCAUGGAUGUAGUCCCCACUUCAGCUGCCAAGUGGGUACAAGCCGCAUGCACAGUCAUCUACGCUUACGUCUACUUCGCCACUGUUGGCGCUAUGGCUUUCGCUGUACUUGGUGAGACAGCCUCGCUGAACCUCAAGGCCAAGACUAUGGUGCUUGCUACAGCUACACAGUCUGUCAUGGGUAUUGCGAUGAACUUUGCCAUUCCGUACAUGGUUAACCCUGAUGAAGGUAACCUGAAGGGUAAGGUUGGCUUCAUCUUUGGUGGCCUGGGCUUGAUCGGCUUUAUUUGGAGUUGGGUUUAUGUUCCGGAGCUCAAGGGCCGACGAUAUGAUGAGAUCGAUCACAUGUUCCAUAACAAGGUCAGCCCUCGACAGAUGGGAACUUAUAAGUUGUGA